UUACGGUUGUAUGAUUACAUUCUGUUGGCUCGCUGCUUCCCUGUCGAGAUAAACUGCUUGCUUGUCGUCGCAUUGUGUGCAAAUUUAUUGCAACCAACUAUUUUUUUUAUUAUUUUUCGAGUGUUUUUUCGUAUACAUUUUUCUUUUAUUUUGUUGAAUUUUUUAAAUUCCAUUUUCAAAAAUAUGAUUUUUUGAAAAAUGUUUAUAUCAACAUAAAGAAACUCCAAGAUGCUGCCAGGACGUACUUAAAUCAUUUUUACAAAUUUUAAUUGAGAACUUGAAACUACGAGAUAAGCAAACAAAAAAAAAACUGAAAAAAUGCAUGAACUCUUCACGACAGUGCUUUCAAAACGUGAUCUCUCUCGGGCAGGUGAUCUAUUUUCUGUAUCGGAUUCAGAAAUUGUCAAUGACAUAACACAAGUUCUUCUAGAAAUUGGACCAAUCAUCUCGCAACCAGAUUACUUAAAGAACAAUAAUGACCAAUCUGUAGUGGAAAUUUGUGUUACUCGAAUACUUUCAUGUAUUCGAGAAACUAAGACAGCCGAACGAUAUUGUUCGGCUUUAGUGGAUUUACUGAAAACAUGCCUCCUUUGGCCACUUCAGCCACAUGGACCGAUGAAAGAGGAUCCUCCUCAUGCGAAAAUAGCUGCCGAUAUUAUAUCCAGUAUUUUUCUGAAUUAUGACAAGAAGGAAUUAAUGAAUAUAUCUCUGCCUGUGGCUGUUCAAUUCCUUCCAAAAGGCAACAAAGAACUAUCAAGGAAUUUGGCAAGUUACUUGUCAUUGGCUGCUAUUGACUAUGCUUAUUUAUUAAGUCCUCAUGUUGACUCAAUUAUGGAUUCAAUACUUGCUGGUAACUAUGGACUAUGCCGUGUUCUUUCGCAAAUCUAUGAGGUAUCACCACAACAAGUUUCACCACAUGCUCCAGUGCUUAUAGGACUUUUGCCACAAUGUGAUUUACAGGAAAAACUUGCUCUUCUACAACUUUAUAUAUUAAUUGCACAAAAAACACCAACCGUCCUUGAAAAUAGUGUACCAGAAUUAUGUGAAUUUCUUUUCAAUUCGGAAACAGCAACAUCAACAAUGCAAAUACUUUUAAAAAUUGCUGAAUCAUCUCCGAAAUUAAUUGUUGAACAUUUUGAUAAAAUCAAAUUGACAGCAAAAAAUAAUCCAACAACAAUCUCAUUGGCUGCACAAGUACUUGCAACAGCUGGACGAAAUAAUAAGGAUACAGCACAAUAUGCUCUUGACUUCGUGCUUGAACAUUUACCGCAUGCUGAUCGUACUGCACAAACAAUAUUACUGCAUGAAGCAACAAUGUUAUGCUCAACGUUUCCAAUUCUAUUUAACGACAAAGUACUGGCAUGUGUUCGACAAAAGAACAUUAUAAGUCAGCAAAAACUUUCUGUUUCGACUGAAGUUAAUGCUGAUGGUAAUAAGACUUCGGGCGGUGUGACAAUUGUCAAUUUAAACUCAACACCGAUAACAAUGGGUUCAACAAGUGCCCAACACCACCAGCCAACAACUACCACAAUAUCAACAGACAUUUCACGCAGCCGACAUAUUGUGAGUAGCAGCAGCACUGUGAUAAGUAAAAAGAGUCGAAGUAGUCCGAGUAGUCCCAAGGACGUUAGGAAAUCUAUUGCUGUACCAAGUAAUGUAAAAAUCUCUACUGUAAAUGCACCUGCAAGUUUACCUUUGCAAGUGCCUCCGGUGACACCAGUCCAAAACACUGCACCAGCAGUACCACCAACACCCCCUCAUACGGGCUACACUCGUCGUGCAAAGUUGGGUGACUCAAGAAGUACAGGACGAUUGCAUCCAUCUAGCAAUACACAUAGAAGCAUGACUCGCCUUAAUGUUACUGGAGGAUCAGUUGGAGGUCUUCACAAAAGUAUGACUCGUUUAAGCUCCUCCCAGCAUAUAAACCAGAACGGAUCAAGCUCCAAUAAUGCAGCCCCAAAUUCGGCAGCAAACAGUCAGUCUAGUGGAAAUGUAAUCGUCCAAAUGGCAGCUUCCCAUCAAAAACAAAUAAACUCUCCCGCAGCACAUAACCCAACUUACAUAACACCAGUACCCCCGUUAAGUAAUAAUGUCAUCAUCACUGGACAUAACAAAUGGGGAAUUCCAUCGACACAAGUCACUUCUGGUGGUGUUACCGUCACUACUUCCCCAAAUAAAUGUCGACCACAUUCGCAAGGUCCAACAACUCUGCUGAGUUCAAGUAGUGCCUUGCUAAAGUAUAGCACAGAUGCAUUGAAUCAAUCAAUUGGAUCGAUUUCAAUACCACAAAAUACAGUAUCGGUACAUCAUGCAUCGCCAGCGUUGCCACCAUUGAAUGGAAAUCAAAAAUCUGUGAUGAAAUUACCUGUCAAUGGAUCGAGCAAUCAUGAAGUAGUAGUUUCGGGGCCGACAACAAAUGUUACACCACGUCGAAAUGAUAAUACAAGUCGAACCUUAUUGAAUGCGAACAAUAGCAUUUUGGAUCAGCGUAUGAGCACUUUUGAACCAUAUCAAUAUAUGCGCGAUCCAGUGCAGCAAUUUUGUGAAAAACAUUUUCCCUCCAUCAAAAGUUAUAUGGAUGAAGUUUCAAACUUUUUGCCACCUCCAACAAGAUGUAGUAUAGAAGAAAUAACAAUUUUAGAAAGACGCACGAAAAAAGUAGCCAAGCUGCAUUUUGCCUGUCAAAUUCGAGGACAACACUGCCUUUAUUCAAAAACAUGCUUUACAAUGCGAACAAGAAAUCCAAAAACUUGGAUACAUUUAAUGUUUUUAGAUUUUCAAGUUCGUCAUUUUGUUAAGGAAAAAUGUGUGCUAAGUACUAGAGAGCCUGGAAUUAGUAACCUUAAAAACAUUUGGCAAAUACUUAAAUGCGAAAGUCGGACAUUUACUGAAUUAGUUACCAGUCAAUUUCCAAAUACAAAGGAAAGAGAAGUUUUAGUUAAUGAACUUCGUCAUUCUGGUUUUCUUGAUGUUUUCGAAGUAUCCAAGACAGAUCAAUCUAAUCCGAAUUGCAAUGAAUUGGAAUAUCAAUGGGGAUGUUUUCUAUGCAAUCAUCCUGACAAAGCUGUUGGCUUUUUCAGCGGCAGUAAUCAACCUGUUAUUGAAGGUCAGCUAAAGGAAAAGAAAGGCAAAUGGCGAUUGUUUCGAAGAUGGAGAACUCGUUACUUUACAUUAUCGGGAGCUCAUCUUUCGUGCAAAGGAUCGAGCGGAGGAGAAAGUAUUGAUGUUAAUCAAAUUCGCUCGGUCAAAGUAUCACGAGGAGCUCGGAAUAUACCCAAAGCAUUUGAAAUAUUUACCGCUGAUCAAACAUUAAUACUCAAGCCCAAGGAUGGUAAAAACGCAGAAGAAUGGGUACAAUAUCUAAGUAUAGUUGUGGCACAUUCUCAAGCUCGCGAUAAUCCAACUGUGAAAACGAAUAGUCUUCCAGCUAGAGGACUCGGUACAAGCAAGCCAGCGUUUUGAAAAUGAAUAUUGUUUUAUAAUAGGAUUUAUUUUUUAAAUAUAAGAUACACACUUUGACGUAUUUAUUCCCUUUUAAAGGAAUAUAAAUUUA